GUGAAUACUCCCCAAAAACUCCAUAUCCUAUAGAUCAGAUAUUUAUUUUAACAAAAAUAAUUUGCCACUUGAAUUAUGCUUAUUACAUUUACAGUACUUUUCACGUUUGAACAGAUUUAAAUAGGAGAAGAGCAGAAUGGCCAAUCAACUCUCGCUGUUUCUGCUGCUUUUGGGGAUAAGAGCAGUGACUCCCCAGGGAGCGAGUUCUCUCUACCCAAUAUCUGGAACUUCAAGUCCUUCAUCAGAUGAUGGAAGUUCACCAAAAAUCACCCUGCAGAGGCCUUUUGUUUACUUCGGACGGACUUAUAAUUACAUUUACGUCAACCAGAAUGGACACCUAACCUUCAACACUGCAUGGAGCAGUUACACUCCUCAACGUUUUCCUAUGAACGGAAAUCGAGACUUCAUCGCUCCCUUCUGGACAGAUUUGGACAACAGAGGAAAUGGUCAUGUCUACUACAACCAGUACACCAGCGGCAGUGUCCUCCAACAAGCUACGCGAGACAUCAACACCUAUUUCUCAAGCAUCAGUUUUGAAGCCACGUUUGUCUUUGUUGCAACAUGGUACGAGGUGGCCUACUACCCCAAUUCAGGAACACGCACCACUGUCCAGGCCGUGUUGAUCUCUGGGGGCCAGACGUCAUUUGUAUUGAUGAACUAUGGGAUAAUAGCCUCAACCACCCGGAAUGUGCAGGCUGGCUAUGAUACAGUAGGGUCUGCUCACUACUUCACCAUCCCUGGAUCAUUCUCCACUUCUGCAACAGGCCCCAACUCAGUUUUCCGCCUGAGAAGCAACGUUGAUGUCCCUGGUCGAUGGGCCUUCAGAACAGACCAUGGAUCAAGAGGCUGCACCUUUAACGGUGAAUCUGUGCAGCUGGGAGCCUCAUUCUGGACCGACAGGACCUGUGCACAGAAGUGCACCUGCACCUCAGCAGGACUGCGCUGCCUCCCGGAGCCCUGCUCCUUUUCCCAAAUCUGUCAACCAGUUGCUUUUAAGUUCGCUUGCCAGACGGUGCGGAAGCGCACCUGCACCAUAAGUGGUGAUCCACAUUAUUAUACUUUCGAUGACAAAGUGUUUCACUUUCAAGGAACCUGCACAUACGUUAUUUCAGAGCAAAGCAGCAGUGGGCUGCCAUACUACCGGGUAGAGGCUAAGAAUGAGAACCGGGGCAGCACUCGAGUCUCCUGGACAGAACUAGUUAGAGUGUUUGUUUACAACGAAACUAUUGAGCUCGUCAAAGGAAAUCAGGGUAAAGCCAAGGUCAACGGAGCCUUUGCAGCCACACCGUUCUACCUUAACAACGGCACAAUCCAUGUCUAUCAGUCAGGAUUUUCUAUGGUCAUCAGCACUGAUUUUGGCUUGGAGGUUUCUUAUGACAAGUAUUUUUUUGUCAGAAUUAAUGUGCCCUUCACUUAUCAGAACGCAACAUGUGGUCUGUGUGGGAACUUCAACAACGACUCCAGAGAUGAUUUUAAAACACCCGAAGGUGAAAUUGUGAGUUCCGAUGUGGUUUUUGCUGAAAGCUGGCGAGCUAAAUGGUACAAUGAGAUUGGAUGUGAGCCUCCAUGUGAAGGUCAGGACUGUGCUGCCUGCACUGAACACCAGACAGCUUUAUACAGCAAUUCAGACCAUUGUGGGCUCCUCCAAAACACUUCAGGACCCUUUGCAGCUUGCCAUCAGCAGCUUCCCCCACGAAUGUUUGUGGAGAGUUGUGUGUAUGAUCUGUGUGUGGGAGGAGGGUACCAGCCCAUUCUGUGUCAAGCCCUGCAUGUUUAUGCCAGUCAGUGUCAGCAACUUGGUAUCCAGUUGCCAAGCUGGAGAAGACCAGGCUUCUGUGAAAUCUCCUGCCCAGCCAACAGUCACUUUGAUCCCCAAGGCACAGGAUGUCCAGCUACAUGUGUCAAUCCAAAUUCCACACAAAACUGCCCUCUUCCUCCCCAGGAGAGCUGUAUCUGCAACUCAGGGUACAUCCUCAGUGCUGGGGUCUGCGUCCCUCAUGCCGACUGUGGCUGCAGCUUUGAGGGUCGUUACUACAGCUCUGGAGAAACUGUGAUACUAGAUGAGGACUGUGGGAGACGCUGUAGCUGCCAGUACGGCUCCAUGACCUGUCGCUCGCAUAGCUGUAGUCCACUUGAAUUGUGUAAGGUGGAGGAAGGAGAAAGAGGAUGUAGACCUAAGAGCUAUUCAUCAUGCUGGAUAAAGGGCCCAGGAUCAUAUAAAACAUUUGAUGGACUGACAUACUGGUAUCCUGGGGCGUGUCAGCUGACUCUUGCCAAAGUGAUGAGAGUGUUAAAUCACACUGAGUUUACGGUAAUAGCAGAAAAAGUGCCGAGAGGACAUCAGAGUUUUGCCAGGUUGCUUAAGUUUGAGGCAGCAGGAAUGCAUGUCUCCAUUGAGAUGGCAAACAACAGCAUUGUUAAGGUUGACGGUCAGCUGAUCAGACUCCCUUUCAGCUCUGUAUCCAACCGAAUCCAAAUCUACCACAGCAGCGUUCACAGCAUCAUUAUUCGCACCUCGUUUGGUGUGACUGUGCAGACAGUCUGGCCUCACUUUGUGCGAAUCACUGCUCCCGGUGUCUAUAGUAGCUCACUGGGUGGACUCUGUGGUGACUACAAUGGUCACUCAUAUGAUGACUUCCGCACACCCAGUGGCAUUCUGGUCAACAGCUCUCAGGAAUUUGGAGACAGCUGGCGAGAUGGCUCCCUCGCUGCACACUGUGUUGAAAGUGGAAAUAAUAAUUCUACAACAAACUAUAAUUCUACUGAGUACUGUGGAAUUCUUAACUCACAAAAUGGGCCAUUUCCUCAGUGUUGGGCCGUGGUAGACCCACAACCACAUGUGGAAAUGUGCAUCAAGACUCUUGAAGCCUCUAGAGAUCCAACAUCAGCACGAUGCAAAGCCCUACGAGAUUAUGCACUAAUAUGUCAACAGAACCGUGUAGUCCUGCAACACUGGAGGAAUGCAACUGGCUGUGAACAAGUCUGCCCACUAAAUAGCCAUUACGAGGUCUGUGGAACCCCUUGUCCUUCCACCUGCCCCAGCCUCUCUUUCCCUUUCACCUGUGAUGCAGUGUGUCAGGAGGGGUGCCAGUGUAAUGAUGGUUUUGUCCUCAAUGGCAACCAGUGUGUGCCGCCAACAUCCUGUGGAUGCCAUCACAAUGGACGCAUCCGGCACGAUGGUGAGCAGUUCUGGGACGGUGACUGUCAGAGCUCAUGUGUUUGUAAUGGCACCACUGGGACAGUGUACUGCACCCCAAGCUCUUGUGGUCCCCAGGAGUCCUGCCGUGUGGUGGGGGGUGAAUUUGGCUGCCAUCCAAACCCUCAUGGUACCUGCUCUGCUUCUGGAGACCCCCACUACGUGACAUUUGAUCGCAAGGCUUAUGACUUCCAGGGAACCUGUCGCUAUGUUCUGGCAACCCUUUGUGACAUCACUGGUGGACUCCACCAAUUUUCAGUGGAAGCUAAGAAUGAGCUAUGGAAUGGGUUGCCAGUUUCAAUCGUAGCUGAAGUUUUUGUCAAAGUGUGGGGCUACCAACUGCACAUUUCAAGGGAAAGACGUGGUGUAGUUCAAGUCAAUGGAUUUAGUAGAAAUCUACCAGUCCUCUUGAAUGGAAGUCAUGUUUCAAUCUAUGCAAGUGGAUCCCGUAUAUUCAUUAGUACUAAUUUUGGCUUAAAUGUUACCUAUGAUGGCUCUAGUACAGUGUCCCUCUCUGUACCUGCCAAUUACAGAGGAAAAACAUGUGGACUUUGUGGAAACUUCAAUGGAAACCGCACUGACGACUUCCGCACUCCAUCUGGAUCAAUAGUCAACACUCCUGAUGAGUUUGGGAAAGCUUGGAAGGUGGCGGGUAACUACACCUGCAGUGACGGCUGUGGUUCCUCAUGUCCUCAGUGCACCGAUGACCUCCCUGCCAGAGCCCAGUGUGAAGUGAUCACAGCAACCGAUGGCCCCUUCAGCUUCUGCCAUGAGCAUGUGGACCCAACGCCAUAUUUCAGUGACUGUGUGUUUGACGUUUGUGUGUCGGGAAAUCAGGGUAACGAUCUCCUGUGCAAAGCCAUUGAAGCCUAUGUCAGUGUCUGUCAGUUGGCUAAUGUUCGUGUCUACCCUUGGAGACAGAACACCACCUGCAUCCUGAGCUGUCCGGCCAACAGCCAUUAUGAGCUGUGUGGUACCGACUGUGGCCACACCUGUACCAGCCUUGUUGAUGCCAGCUGUGACCACGUUUGCUCUGAGGGAUGUUUCUGUGACGAGGACUAUGUCAGGAGUGGGACAUUGUGUGUCCAUGUGGAAAACUGUGGUUGUCAAUAUGAUGGCUUCUACUAUAAAGCUGGUGAGUUUUUCUGGACAGAAGGUUGCUCCCAGCGAUGUGAAUGCCGUGGCCCCAGUGACCUGCUCUGUACGGCUGCAUCUUGCACUCCUGCACAACAGUGUACCAUCAGAGACGGCCACCUGGGUUGCUUUGAUUCAAUGUCCACCUGCACCGUGUUGGGGGACCCACACUACAUCACCUUUGAUGGUGCAGUAGUCAAUUUCCAGGGCACAUGCUCUUACAUCAUCACUGAGAGUCUAAGCCACAGGAGCAAUGAAACCCAGUUCCAAGUAAUUGCCACCAAUAAGCACCGUGGUAACAACCUUGUGUCCUUUGUGUCAACUGUGGAUAUAUAUAUCUCAAAACAACAAGAAAGCAUGUACAUCAAGAUUGGACCAAACAAAAGAGUAAAGAUAAAUGGAAGUGAUGCAUCUUCUACAAAUGCCACAGGAGGCUUAGCUCAAGUCGUUAGGCAGGGAAGCUUUGUAGUGGUCGAUGCUAAUGACCUGGUGGUCCAGUUUGAUGGCCAGAGAAUUUUAUUGGUAAGGGUCUCCCAACAUCGUCAAAACAGAGUCACUGGAAUGUGUGGAAAUUUCAACAGUGAUCUUGCAGAUGACAAAGUCUUGCCCAAUGGCACUCUGGCACAAAAUGACAACAAGUUUGGACACAGCUGGAGGGCACCCACAAGCCAACCAGGAUGUGGAUCCGAAGAUGGGGAUGUUGAUGAAGGAUUGAAUGACUGUACCUUCAGGGAAGAGUACACUGCCCUCUGUAGUGUUAUCACAAACACCACUGGCCCAUUCAGGACCUGUCACCCACACUCUGACCCCCAGCAUUUUUUCACCUCCUGUGUCUUUGAUCUCUGCCUCUACACUGCAGCCAAUGGCAUGCUGUGUAGUGCUGUUGCAGCCUAUGAGAGAACUUGCUCAGUUUUGGGACUGGACAUCCCUGAGUGGCGUCCAGCACUGCACUGUGCUGAGUCAGACCCAUGUGAGCAGCUGGACUGCUGGGAUCAUGAAUGGUGUGGUGAGAAAGACGGCGUUUACGGCUGCUUCUGUGACGAACACCACCAUCGGCCCAACAAUGAGAGUUAUGACCCAUCCACCACAUGUGUCAGUAGCUCUGGCACCUUAUCCCUUUCCCGCUGCCAGCUGUUCGAAGCCGGCUUCCACUCUGAUGCUCUACACCUGCGGGACCCCUCCUGCAAAGGGACUGUGCGGGACGGACGACUGGUGUUCCACUUUAACAAUGAUGACCAGCUGUGUGGGACAUCUCUCAGGAGCAAUGGGACCCAUUUCGUUUAUGAGAAUACCGUUCAGGGGGAUGUGGACCCUCAUGAGGGCUUCAUCAUCAGCCGUGAGAAGUCCAUUCACCUGCACUUCUGCUGUGAAUAUCUUCUGUCCCAGGCUCUAUCCAUGGAUGUGGGCAUCAACCCUGUAGAGAGCAUUGUAAACAAGAGACUUCCCUCUGGCCAAGGUCGCUAUCAUUUGCGGAUGAUCCCCUUUGAAGACCCAGGCUUCCACGUUCCCCUGACCAGAAGCAGAAACUUCGAAAUGGAAAUAGACCAGCGGUUGUACAUUGAGGUGCAGACGGUGGGAGUCGACAGUCGGCAGAUCUCCACCAUUUUGGACUCCUGCUGGGCGACACCUUUCAAUAAUGCUACCUGCCCUGUCCGCUGGGAUCUCAUUAAUACAGAGUGUCCUAAUCCAGCAGAUAGCACAGUAGAACUUGUUCAAAAUGGUGUCUCCACUGUGGCCCGUUUCUCCUUCAGGAUGUUCACCUUUACCAACUAUUCAUCCAUCUACCUGCACUGCCGGGUCCACCUUUGUCUUUUGAGACAAAACAACUGCACAGCCCAUUGCUACCCUGGUCACACAAGAGUGGAGAGAGAUGUUUCUCACCAUGACAGUGGAGCCAUCUCCUUGGGACCACUAAUCCAGAAAAAAGGCGUCUGGCGAAUAAAACCGAGUGGCGCUCCAGGCCAAAUGAUCUCCAUGGUGACCCUGCUAAUCAGUUUUCUGACUGGCAGUAUCCUCAGUUAGAGAAAUGAGUGAUAGGCAAACAAACACACCCGCACACACACUCACACACACACAUGCUUGUACAGCUACUCUUCUUAGUACACUGCAUUGACUUCCAUUUAUUUGGACAGCCUAACCAAGGCGUUAUCCCUUACCAGUUAAUGUCUAACAUUAACCAUAAUCUUACCACAAAUCUUAGCCUUAUAACUUGCCAGCAGAGUCCUGAAGAGGUGACAAUGACAAGCUCUCGCAGGCACACACACACACACACACACACACACACCAUCAGUCAGCUGUAGCUUGAUCUCUGCACACCUGAUAUAAAGAAUGAUGAUUUUUUUUGACAUUGUGAUCAACAUAUACUGAGCUGCCGUCUUAGGUUUACAGACAUCAUAUAUCUGAAUUGUGUGUUUUCCUUAGGGAGUUCAUGUUAAGUCAUUUUGAAGCUUCUAAUUUUUCAACAGCAGAGGGCAGCACACAAUCAAACACACACCUCAACAUAAUGCUGCCCACUGUGUUGUUUUCAGUAUAAUGUAUAUGUGUGAUCAAGUGUCUGAAGGCAUUAAUUAUCUCUUAAACAACAUGUACUCUGUGAAAAUGAUCAGGUAGAAAACUGUAAUUAAUGUAAUGUAUGUAUGGAACAACUCAAUAAUGUCACAUAUAUUAACAUUAAGGUCCUUUUAUAUAAUACACAAAUUGACAAUAUGUUUAUCCAAGUUCUUCAAAGCUGAUUCACUUUUUUUGUCCGGCAGCAUUUUUUAAAUUUAUUUCAAUAAAAAUGGCCUUUAGUCAAA